CAAUUCAAUUCAAUCCAGAAGAACCGAAACCUAUUUGGUCUUUUAAGAAACGAUGGGAAAUCGACGGAAGGGUACGAGUGGCGGAGGAGAAACAGACCUUCACGCGGCGGCGAGGUCCGGCGACCUGAGUGCAGUUCAGGUGAUUGUCAGCUCCAACCCUUUGAAGGUCAAUGGGAGAGAUAAGCACUCCAGAACUCCACUACAUUUAGCUGCAUGGGCUGGGCAAACAGAAGUGGUGAAUUUUCUGUGUAAGAACAAGGCUGAUGUUGGUGCUGCUGCUAUGGAUGACAUGAAAGCAAUACACUUUGCCGCGCAAAAGGGACAUUUAGAGGUUGUUCGGGCCCUACUUUCUUCUGGAGCUUCGGUCAAGUCUUCCACUCGCAAAGGUCUGACUCCGCUACACUUUGCUGUUCAAGGGUCCCAUGUGGAACUUAUCAAGUAUUUGGCUAGGAAAGGUGCGGAUCUCACUACAAAGACAAAAGCAGGGAAGACCCCUCUUGAUCUUGCUGGCAAUGGUGAAGUCCGCUCUUGUUUGGAAGAGUGUGAAACGUCCUCUGAGAAAGGGGAUCUGAAUGGUAAACAGAAAGAUGAAGAAUCUGAUCCAAAGACAACCCAGCAGGAAGAUGUGAAAUCUGGAGGUGAAGCUCCAGAUUCUGUCAAUGAUGAACAUGCCAAGGAUGAAAGUCUGAAGAGGAAGGGUGAUGAGUCUGAGGAAGCCUCGGGGGAACCUAAAAGAGCAAGAGUUUCAUUGAACCAUCUCCUUACUGCUGAUGAUGAUAUACAGGAGGAGGAAUGAAGUUUCUAGAGGAGACUAGUAUAGUAAAAUGACCUUUAAUCCAGCAGCUAACUGCUAUAGUCAUAGAAUGGUGUAGCUCUUUGAGUCUUUGUACUACGUUAUAGGAUCUCAUCGAUCAACGACUGUUUGAAAAGUAAAUGAAUUCUGUUUUUCUGUUUUUUUCC